AUGGUCCAUUCAGAGAUAGAUGCCAUCAAAAGUGAAUUGUCAGCCAUCACAUUCACUGCAGGAUUGAUCAAGGAGUCAAUUUCGAUCAAGAAGGAGUUGGAUAACAUUAGAAGUGAGGCUCAAACAAUCAAGGCUGAAUUGGCCAAACAGAAGAGCACUCCAGCAGCAGCACCUGCGGCACCAGCUGUGACACCAACACCAGCUCCAUCAAAACCCGCUGCACCAGUGGCCGUUCAAGCUCAAGUUUCACAAACAACACCUUCAGCUCACAAGGUGUCAACUCCAACUCUCGUCUCUGCUCCAGCAGCACCAGUAGUAUCAAAGGCUGCUCCAGUCGUUUCAAAGGCUGCCCCAGUCGUAUCAAAGGCUGCUCCAGUCGUCACCCCAGCCCCAGCACCAACUCCAGCACCAACUCCAGCUCCAGUUGCAUCAAAGCCAGCAGCACCAGUUGCAGCAAAGCCAUCAGCACCAGUUGUAUCACAGGCUCAGGUUUCGCAGACAGCACCAUCUCCAAAGGUUUCGACACCAACUCUUGUCUCUGCACCAGCACCAACACCAGCACCAGUGUCGUCUGCUCCAGUGGUCCACAAGACUGUUUCAACACCAGCAGCAUCUGCAUCACCAGCCAAGCCAUCCACACCAGCAGCAUCUGCAUCACCAGUCAAGACAGCCACAUCGCCCACUGUUGGUCCAAGACCAGGUGCCACACUCGUUGGUCCAAACCCACAGAUUAGAAUCCUUGUGGACGCUGUAAAAGAAAGAGCCAAGAAGGAUAAGACUUUGGAUCCAACAAAAUUGGAGGACUACUUGGAGAAUGCCGAUUUCCAAACAGUCACUUCAAUGUCCAGAGAUGAGUUUAAGAAGAUGCCAAAGUGGAAGCAAGACGCCAAGAAGAGAGAGGUUGGAUUGUACUAA